AUGCUCUUGGAAAAAACUGGCCUAGCAUUGGCCAUCUUAUCCCUGUGUGGAAUUGGUCAUGGGAGUGAAAUCACUUCCGAUACUCACUUUUAUGGGGAUUCCCCAGCUGUAUACCCCUCGCCAAAUGGUACGGGGAGCGGUGAUUGGGCUGCAGCCUACAAAAAGGCGGCAGAUUUGGUAGCUCAGAUGACAUUGGAGGAGAAGAACAACCUCACCUUCGGAAUUGAAACCACCAGUACAAGCUGUGUUGGUGUUAUUGGAGCUAUUACCAGACUUGGAUUCCCGGGCUUGUGCCUUCAGGAUGCGGGCAAUGGAGUUCGUAGUGCGGAUUUCGUUAAUAGUUACCCAAGUGGUAUUCACGUCGGCGCUAGCUGGAACAAGUCCCUUGCUCAUGACCGUGGCUGGUACAUGGCUGGUGAGUUCCGUACAAAGGGUGUCAAUAUUGCUCUGGGGCCUGUUGUUGCACCACUAGGAAGAACCACUACCAAUGGAAGAAACUGGGAAGGUGCUGCCAGCGACCCAUAUCUCAGUGGUGUACUUGCGGCACGAACCGUCGAGGGUAUGCAAGGACAAGGUGUGAUCUCGAGUGUCAAGCACUUUAUCGGCUACGAACAAGAAUUGUACCGCAAUCCUACCACGAACAGUGAUAACCAGACUGUCGAGUCCGUCUCCAGCAACAUCGAUGACAAGACCAUGCACGAAGCAUACCUUUGGCCCUUCCAGGAUGCAUUGAAAGCAGGAGCUGGAAACAUCAUGUGCUCGUACAACCGCGUUAACAAUUCCUACGCCUGCCAGAACAGCAAAACACUGAACGGCUUACUCAAAACGGAGCUUGGAUUCAAUGGAUUUGUUGUGACAGAUUGGUUUGGCCAGCACUCCGGUGUCGGUGCGGCAUUAGCUGGUCUUGACAUGGCCAUGCCUACGGGUGAAACAUUCUGGGGUACGAACUUGACCCAAGCCAUUGCCAACGGCAGUGUUCCACUUUCUCGUCUGGACGAUAUGGCAACGAGAAUUAUUGCAACCUGGUACCAGAUGGGCCAGGACUCAUCGAGUUACCCUUCACUUGGAGUUGGAAUGCCAUACAACCUCAGUGCACCGCACAAGAUUGUCAGCGCCCUUACUAAAGAUGCAAAGCCCGUACUCUUCGAAGGUGCUGUGGAAGGCCAUGUUCUUGUGAAAAAUGUGAACAACGCACUUCCGCUGAAGUCGCCAAAAUUGAUCUCUGUUUAUGGAUGGGACGCCACUGCUCCCUCUCAAUACAUGCCCAACAAUGUCCUUGCUGUGGACCCCUGGCAAUAUGGCUUCGAACCAGCCCGCUCUGACAUUAACGGGUUUGCCGCUAGCUCUGAUCUCCUCAACGCGCCUUAUAUCGACCAGGUUGCCUUCAACGGCACUCUCAGCACUGGAGGUGGUUCCGGUGCCAACGCCGGUCCAUACCUCAGUGCCCCUCUCGACGCCCUCCAGCAGCGGGCAUACGAAGACAACACCGUUGUCAUGUGGGACACCGGCGAUGACCCGAAUGUCCUGAGUGCAAUGGAAGCCUCGGAUGCCUGCCUGGUAUUUAUCAACGCCUUCGCUACCGAAUCACUCGACCGUCCCGGAACAUACGACAGCUACUCCGACGAUCUCGUUACUAAAGUCGCAAAGACAUGCCCCAACACCGUCGUUGUCAUCCACAACGCCGGAACCCGCCUUGUGGAAUCAUUCGCUGAAAACCCCAAUGUCACUGCUAUCGUAUUCGCUCAUCUCCCCGGCCAGGACUCUGGUCGUGCGAUCGCUUCCUUGCUCUACGGCGAUAACAACUUCAGUGGAAAGCUUCCGUACACCGUGGCCAAGAAUGAAAGCGAUUACCCGGCCUACUGGCAUGAUUAUGCGGUUGAGCCCUUCCAAUUAUUCCCGCAGUCCAACUUCACAGAGGGUGUGUAUACGGAUUACAAGUGGUUCGACGAGAAGAACAUUGUCCCUCGCUACGAAUUCGGCUUUGGUCUUUCGUACACCACAUUCGCAUUCUCGGGUCUCAAGGUUUCCUCUGUGCAGAAUGGUAUCGCCGCCUACCCCAGCGGUGUCAUUGAGCAAGGUGGCCAGAUCGACCUAUGGGAUAAUAUUGUCGAGGUAACCGCCACUGUCAAGAACACUGGGCACAAAUCUGGCUCCGAGGUUGCCCAGCUCUACGUUGGUAUUCCCGGCGGUCCCGUGAGACAGCUUCGUGGAUUCGACAAGGUCAAGAUUGGUGCUGGUGGCUCCGCCAAGGUGUCAUUCUCGCUGACUCGUCGUGAUCUCAGUACCUGGGAUAUCACAGCGCAGAAGUGGCAUUUGCAGAGUGGAGAGUAUAAGAUUUAUGUCGGAUCUUCGAGUCGUGAUCUACCUCUGACUUCUACAUUGAAGAUUACUACCAACUAG